GUAUCGUGACUGACUGCAAUCACACACGCUUUAUCAUAUUUAACCCCGGAAUUCACACAGCAAGCAAUCAUUCACAGAUUGUCGGUUGGUUACACCACCUGCAAAUUUCUAACUAAAUCGGUUUAUACUAAUAAAAGUGGAGAGUUUUUUGCUGAAAAAUACAUAUUUAUCCAAGAAUAAAUUACUUUUACAUAUACACGAAUAAUAAUAAAUAUUUACAAGGGUGCAUAGUUUCAAGAUAAAGUUUGAAAAUCAGACAUAUUUAUCUUCCUAUGUACAUAAUUACAUACAUUAAGGUCUUCUAAAAUCGCGUGCAUUCAAAUGAGAACAAAACAGGGGACAAAAUGUGCAAACCAAAGCAUCCCAAGAUAACAAAUGGGAGCUCAUCUUCACAAUCCCUCAAUAAGACAUUGGUCUCAACCAAAAAGUGUCCCCGGAUCGAACCCACAACCAAUUUCAUCCUGGGAUAUGGCUCAUUAAUAAAUGGAGACUCCAAAGAGGUCACACAUCCCGGUUGUGGCCCUGCCUUCCCUGUUUUGGUGAAAGGUUACGAGAGAAUUUUCAACUGUGGUGGAAUCCACAUGGGGAAAAAUACCACAUUUCUCGGAGUGGAAGAAAAUAAUUCGUCCCAUUUUAUCGGUGUGGCAUUUCCCGUUAAAAACUACGCCACCCUUUUGGAGUUUGACGAGAGGGAGAAAUAUUACAAGAGGCGAGUGGUGAGUGUGGACAAUGUCCAAUUUUUGGAUGAGGAGGAUCUCAUUAGUCAAGAAAAGAGACUAAUCAGAUUCUGGAUUUAUGUCCCGAAACCAAAAUUCAUCACGAAACCCUGCAAAACACAUCCCAUUUACCAAUGCUACUAUGAUAUUUUUGUCGACGGCUGUAUCAAAAUUGCCAAGCAGUUUCACAUACGAAAUUUUGCACAAGAAUGUCUCCAAAGUACACAGGGUUGGUUGGAUCCUUUUUUUGGAGGAAAAAAUUCCUGGGAGUUUGACCGUGACGAGGGCAUCGAUAAACUCAAGAUUGUACACGAUACGAAAGAAAUUGACGAGGAAAUCAUGUUCUUUGUUGAAACUUAUAUAUUAUUUAUUGGACACAGGAAGGAGGACGAAAUUGAAUAUAUUUUAGAGAAAUGAAUGAAUAAAGAUCUCAUUUUUUUGUACAAGUUUUCCAAAA